AUGUUUUUCUGUUGUGGUGCUCAAAUGUCAAACUGGGCGGUGAAUGGCAACAAAAGAGAGAGAGAAAGUACAAAAUUUGCGGCCUUGAGAAACAAUCACAAAGAUCAACUCUUCAAGAAGGAGCAAAUUGCUAAAGCGUUGUGGUCAGAAUUGCUGAAAACAAAAGGAUGUCACGCAAAUGAUGUGUUUAAAGAGACUCCAUCGAAAGAAGAGAUUAUAAAAAUUGGAUUGUUCUUCCGGGAUCGAUAUCCAAGGCUUCGGAUGGGCACAAUCUAUGAAUUGCUGAAGAAACGGGACUUUUUCGAGUGUUCUCUCAUUUUGGGUCUUUGCGAUUAUGGAUUGGAAGAGAGAUUGAGAAAUGCUAUUGAAAAUGGAACAAGUCACGAAAAUGGGAGCACGUAUCAAAUCUUAUCCUUUGACUUCCCAGCUGUUGAAACCCCAUUUCUGGUGGCGUCAUGGUUGAUCUUGGCGAGUGCAGCAAAAAUGGCAUUUCACUCAAAAUAUUUCCCUGAUAGUUCUCUUCUCGUUGUUGUUGGUUUCAUUCUCGGAUGGGUGUUUUAUAAUGGCUUCACGUGGAUUAAAGUAGAAUACUACCAGUUGGAAUCGAGUUAUUUCUUUCAUUUCCUUCUCCCGCCAAUCAUUUUCGAUGCUGGAUAUUUCAUGCCAAAUCGUGCCCUAUUCGAGAAUUUUGGCUCAGUGCUGCUUUUUGCAGUGAUCGGAACAGUUUGGAAUACAAUGGCUAUAGGUAGUGCUCUUUAUUUUCUCUCUCUGUAUGGAUGGUUCUCUGUUUCUUUCGAAAUCUUCGAAGUGCUCACUUUUGCUUCUCUGAUCUCAGCGGUUGAUCCAGUGGCUGUGAUUGCGGUUUUCGAAGAAGUCCACGUAAACGAAUUUCUUUUCAUCAACGUCUUUGGAGAAGCUCUAUUCAAUGAUGCAGUUUCAGUUGUUCUCUACAAAAUGUUCAGAAACUUUUACGAUAUCGGAUCAGAAAGUGUUCAAAUUGUCGACUACGGGAAAGGAAUGGUUUCCUUUUUCGCGAUUUCUUUAGGUGGCACAGCUGUGGGGAUCAUUUUCGCGUUCGCUGUUAGCCUUAUCACAAAAUUUUCUCAAAACAUGCGCGUCCUCUCUCCAAUUUUCGUUUUCGUUCUCCCCUAUAUGGCCUAUUUGUUGGCCGAUUCGAUGGGAAUGUCGUCAAUUCUGGCAAUUUCCAUCUGUGGAAUUGUGAUGAAACAGUAUGUGAAAGGAAAUCUCACGCCAACGGCCGUCAACUCAGUAAAGUAUUUCACGAAAAUGUUGGCUGUUGGUGCGGAAACGGUUCUAUUCAUGUUCCUUGGCGUUUCAGCCAUCACUUCGCCCCAUCAUUUCGACUGGACUUUCAUCACUUGCACAAUCGUGUUUUGCCUUGUUUUUCGAUCAAUCGGUGUCAUCGUUCAAUGCACCAUUCUCAACAAAUUCCGGAAAAAGAAGUUCUCAGUGAUUGACCAAUUCAUUCUUUCCUACGGUGGCCUUCGCGGGGCAAUCGCUUUCGGUCUCUCCGCCUCUUUACCCGAUUCGAUGUCAACUAAGCCAAUGUUUGUCACUACAACCAUUGCUGUCAUCUAUUUCACUGUACUACUCCAGGGUGUUACAAUUAGCCCUAUCGUGAAUUGGCUGAAAGUCGAGACGAAAGAGGAUCGACAAAAGACGAUGACUGAGAGUAUCUACACAAAAUAUUUUGACUACACAAUGUCGGGAAUUGAGGACAUCGCUGGGAUUCGAGGCAAACAUUAUAUCCGGGACACAUAUGAAAGACUGAAUGCGAAGAUCUUGAAGCCAAUUUUAAUGCAAAAUGUGGCAAAGAAAGACUUUGAUGCGUCGGUGACUGUGAGAGCUUACGCAAAGAUCACUCUCGAAGAAGCUCUUCAUCUCAAGGAGCAAAAGAAGAGAAAGUUGGAUGAGAGACUCACCAUCGAUCGAUCAGCGAUCAGUGAUUCGUCAAUGGAUAUCCACAUUCCGCGAAAGAGAAAGGAUACGGUUAAUAAGCUCAUCGAAGACCAGGCUUCAGUUGAAAUGCUCUAUUCCUUAUUCUCGGAUCUUCUCGAUAGAAAGCUCGAAGAUAUCUCGAAACAGAAACAAAUCAACGAAACGGAAGAGCUACAAGAUGAUUAUAUGGCUCAGAUUAACGUUGCCAACAUGAGAUCUCAGCAAAAUGCUCCAAACUCUUCACAACUACAACCAAGCGCCUCUUCUCCAAAUAUU